AUGCCGAACCUGUAUACCAUUGCGGGGUUACUAUCUCCACUAGAAAUCUCUACACAAGAAGACAAUAUGUUAGUCGAACUUACGGAAGCACUUACGCAGCACAAUCUUGCUCAAUGUAGUACCGUACUAGUAACGAAACACGGUCAUGCUGAUUCAAGAGCGUGGAAAGAACUUCGACAUAAAGAUAACAUUCGAAUAUACAAGGAACGCCCACGAUCGAAAUCCAUGCCUACUACACCAUCUCUCUUACUUCUUGGAAAGAUGCAAGGUAGUCUCGACGAUGUCAUGUACGCUAUCAUGACCCCCACUGAAGAGUCAUUGAAAAUAAAGUCAAGCUGUAUGCAAGACGGCGCGAUUGACCACAAAGUGUUGCGUGAAAUUGUACGACCGAGCACGGAUAAUCCGUUUCGCCAUAUUAGCAUUAAUUGGUCGCUCUAUGCCGACGCGAAUCCACACGACUACGUCUGUGUUGAUGCUACGGGCAUCACCCAGACAUUGCGCGGUGAGCGUGUGGGUUUCCACCUGUCGCACUCCGUCGCGUUUUCACCACUGCCGGACUUUUCAAAAUCCCACGGUGUCGAGCGCGGUAACAGAUCCAUCUGCUCCCUGUACAAAGAGACACCAACAGGUGAAGUGGAGUGCUACGUACGUGGAUUCUUCAAUUUUUGUAACAGUGACAAUGAGUUGAUGACAACCAUCUAUUUACACGCUAUUGCAAACCAAUGGUUAUCCUUUUCUCGCCAAGUCGACUUUGCGCACAUGAAAAAACUAGUGUGGCGUUUGCGACGCAACAGUAGUAGCUCCAGUGACUUUGUCAUUGCUGCUGCUGCGGAAGAGCAUAAACGGAAGACACUCGAAGCGACUUUGAGUCGACACGAUUCUUGUCGAGUUUGUCGCAAGACAUUUGGUUUGCUUGAUCGCAAAAAGACUUGUAAGAACUGCGAACAGGUCAUUUGUCCUCGCUGUCGUAUCAAAAAGCGCGUAUGCGUCUUUGCCCCGGAUCAACGGACCUUGUUAGAGAAAAAACGAAGCUUUUGUGCCCCAUGCAUUGAACAAGUUGCAAUGAGCAACGCGCGUGUAAUUGCUCAAGAGGAACUUCAAUUGCAAGUGAAAGAUCAUGAGGAUGGAGUGAACAUUGCAAUGGAACAAACAUUUGCUUUUUCCCGACAACAUAUAACGUCAUGGGUGACCAUGAACGAGUCUGGAUGUGGCUCAUGUUAA